UUAUGUCGGUCCAGACUCUUAAUCAGACAUUCAGUUACCACUUGCAGAUUGCCAGUUUUGACAUCCCUACCCCAAUGACCUACCCUGUGUUCAUCAUGGGUCUCCUGCUCUAUCUGUUCUCUGUUUUCUGUAACCUGACCAUCAUGCUGUUGAUCAUCACACAGCGGACUCUCCACAAGCCCAUGUUUUACAUCCUCUUCAGUCUCCCCCUGAAUGACCUGGUAGGAAUCAGCUCUAUGCUACCCAGAGUGCUGUCAGACAUCGUGACACAGACUCACUCUGUCUACUACCCCACAUGUGUUUUUCAAGCUUUUCUUUGCCACCUGUACGGGGGUGGUGUGCUUUUUGUACUUGCAGCGAUGUCAAUUGAUAGAUAUUUUGCCAUUUGCAAACCACUGCAAUACCCCUCGAUCAUGACACCUUUUACACUAUGUGUCAUUAUAUCAGCUGCUUGGGGCCUGGACAUGGCCAUGAUAUUGACCCUGUUUGCUCUUCAGUCCCGAGUUAAGAGGUGCAAGGCUUACAUACUAAAUAUCUACUGUGACAACCCCUCUCUACUUCGCCUCUCAUGUGGAGAAGAUGUCACAGCUAACAACAUUUAUGGUUUGGCUAUGACAGCGGUUAUGCAGAUUAUCAGUGUUGGUAUUCAGCUAUUUUCCUAUAUUAACAUUCUUGUAAUAUGCAUAAUUAAUCGACAAUCUGACACCAAGAGCAAGGCUGUAAACACCUGUGUUGCUCAGCUAGUGACAUUUCUUCUUUUUGAAAUCACUUCCACCUUUGUAAUACUGUCAUAUCGCUUUCAGAACAUACCUCCUAAUACUCAGAAACUGUGCGGUAUGAUGAUCUACCUGCUCUUACCAAUUAUUAAUCCAAUUAUAUACGGGAUGAAAACAAAGGACAUCAGAAAAACAUUUUUCAUGGUGGUGAGGAAGAAAAAGAUAGCGUUCAAGUGA